CAUUUUGAAUGACUCUCAUAUUUAUUUCCCGCGGUCUGCUGGGCAUUGCGAUAUGCAUUGCAUAUACAUAUACACGUGCGCAAAGCUGUGUAAAAACAUGCCAUGGUGAUGGUGUUCAAGACAGUCAGCUUUUUUCAUAAGGUAUGUUGUGCUGAGGCUGCUGGGACCUGGGUCAACCUGUUUUAACACGACUCUGAAAUCUGACUGCACGUGCGCCAUGCGGGCAAUAAUGGAGUUGCUUAUUCGGUUCUAAUGAUUAUACUUUCUCUCAGUUGAGAUUUAAAUUGUCGAACAUUUCACACGUGCUUUUGAAGUGUAUAGAUCCAUCUAUUAUACUAAUAACAAACGUGCCAGCUAAUUUUUGUUUUUUACUGUCAGUCGAUUGACAGUUUGUAGAUAAAUAAUAAAAUUUUUAAUACUCAAAAUGUCUGAUGAAGAAAUGAUGGACAAUUUUGAUUCUGAUGAUGAUUCAUUUGAAGGUCAAAAUAAACUACAACAAUAUAAUGGAUCAAAAAAACAAAAUUUUGACAGCGAUGAUGAGGUUAUGGGUGGUUUAAUUUCUGAAGAAGAUGACCAUGAUUCUAUAGAAUCUGAUAUUGAGGGUCUCAAUACUGACUUUAAUUUACCCAACGAAAAAGCGUGGGGUAAAAAGAAAAAAGCAUAUUAUGCCACAGACUAUGUUGAUCCUGAUUAUAAUUCAGUCAGUCAAAAAGAUAUUGAAGAGGCUGAAAAAGAAGAAGAGGUAGCAACAAGUUUGCAAAAGCGCCUGUUUGAACAAAUUGAUGAAAAUGAUUUUGGCCUAGAGUCUUUUGUUACAACAUCAAGUACAGUCAGUGAUGAUAAAUACGAAUCCUACAAAACUAAGACUGAUUUGGAUAAACUUAGUAAAAGAGAGAAAAAAAUAUUUUUUGAAAAAGAAAGUCCUGAAUUUAAACCAAUAUUAGCUGAUUUCAAAGGGUACUUGACAGAAGCUAAACAUGUUUUAGUUCCGUAUUUAAAAAGUUUUGAAUCAAAUUAUCCAGAAUUGGCUUCAACAAAAUUUUUCAAAACUAAAUUAGAUGUAAUCAUGCACUACUGUAUGAAUAUUUCUUACUACUUAAUGCUAAAAUCAAAAAAUGUACCUAUUGCCUCUCAUCCUGUCAUCAAAAAAUUAGGAAAGUAUAAGGAGAUAUUAUACCAGAUUGAAAAAGAUCAAGGAGAUCUCAUAGAAAAAGCACAAAUUUUAUUAGAAUCACAAGAAGAAGGAAAAACACUGUACAAGGUCAAAAAUUGUGACAAGUCUGUAUGUGAAUAUGAACAUAAACUUGAAAUGUCAAACGAAGAGAACAGUGAAGAGGAUAAUGAAGAAGAUAAUGAAGAAGAUAAUGAAGAAGAUAAUGAAGAGGAAAAGGAUAUGAUGGAUGAAAGCAGUAAGAAUGAUAAUAAUGCAUUAGUUAAUCCAAGUUCAGAACAGAGCAGCGAAAAUCCUGAAGAUGAAAAGAGAUUUAUUAAUUACCAAAUAGCUAAAAACAAAGGUCUUACACCACACAGGAAAAAAGAACAGAGGAAUCCCAGAGUUAAACAUAGAAACAAAUAUCGCAAGGCCAUUAUACAUAGAAAAGGAGCAGUCCGACAAGUCAGAAAAGAAGUUACCAAAUAUGGAGGUGAAAUAUCUGGUAUUAAGGCUGGUGUCAAGAAAGGAAUCAAACUUUUGUAAAAACCAUAUACAUGUUAAAAAUUUAGUUGUUAAUAAAAGUUAUAAGUGUCAAUACAUAAAAAA